GAGCUUCCCAAGCUCUCGACAACAUCAACCCUAGCAGCUAUCACCCUCGACGUCUUCACACCUCGUGCCCGCUUCUAAACGAGCGCGGUAACAGGUUAUAUUCAUUCUAUACGAUCGGUCUAGCGACACUCAUAGGCAACUGCCAACAUGUCGAAGCACACCAUGUACCAGUUACUUUCCCUCCCCACCUCGAUCGUUCCCUCGCACCACCACGACGACGCCCUCGAAGCUAUCUCCUCCACAAUCGGUGUCGAUGGCUCAGUCUCCUCGUUUCCGAUUCCCGAAUUCAAGAUCGGUACAUUAGAUGCCUUGGUACAGCAAGCGGAGGAGCUGGCCAAGUUGGAAGGUAUCUGCCAAGCUGUCGUGGGGAAAGUCGGAGAAGCGCUCAAGGGCGUUCUCGGAGAUGAUGAGGAGCAGAUUCAGAGGAUGAAAACUGUCAAUGAUAAACCCGUUGAUCAGUACCUACGUACAUUUCAGUGGAACAAAGUCAAGUAUCGAGCGGACAAAUCGAUCGGUGAAUUAAUCGACCUUUUGAAAAAGGAAGCUGCUAGCAUUGAUAACGAUAUUCGAAGCAAAUAUUCUCAGUAUAACCAAGUCAAAAAUACUCUGGCAACAUUACAGCGAAAACAAACCGGAAAUUUGGCAACGAGAUCUCUAGCCUCAAUUGUCGAUCCUCAAAAACUAGUUCGAGACUCGGAGUACUUGGAAACACAUCUGAUUGCAGUUCCAAACGCACAAAUCAAGGAUUUCUUGAAGUCAUAUGAGACAAUAGCUCCAAUGGUGGUGCCACGGUCCGCAAAUCUAGUUGCCGAAGACGACGAAUUCAGCUUGUAUGCGGUUACGACGUUCAAGAAACACAGCCUAGAAUUCACUCAUAAGGCUAGGGAGAACAAGUGGAUACCUCGCGACUUUAAAUACACAGAAGGUGGUAGGGAGGAAGAAGCAAAGGAGGUUGAGCGAGUGGGCGGUGACGAGCGCAAGCUAUGGGGUGAGACGAUUCGACUUGGUCGGACUAGCUGGAGCGAGGCAGUCAUGGUUUGGGUUCACGUGCUGGUCUUGCGAGUCUUUGUUGAGACUGUGCUUCGAUAUGGAUUGCCUCUGGAUUUUGUUUCUUCUAUUGUUCGGGUAAGUUUUUUCAUUAGCUAUUUACUUCGUAUAAAAGGCGCAUUUCUGACGACAUACAGACAACACCGAAAGGUGCUGAAAGGGCAAAGAAGAACCUGGAUAACAAAUACAAUUAUCUCGCUGGAAACGCCUUUGGCCGUGACAAAAAAGGCCGAGUCAAGAAGGACGACCCGAAUGAAAUGCAGGUCGCUGGUGAAGGUGGCGGAGCUGAUUAUACGGCGUAUGUGUAUUAUGAGUUUAAAUUUGAAUAAUUGCUACAUAUCACAGUCUGUAUAUGUCUUUUUUUUGGGAAUUGAGCAAUGCAUUUUGAUAGAGAUUUAGUAGCGUAUAUAUCUACUUUGGUAGCUAUUACUGUACAGAACAGUUUGAGAUC